AUGACUCAACUUUCCGCCGAUUGCCUUAACGAUAUCUUUGAAUAUUUAGAGAAUGACAAAGAAACUUUAAACUCUUGCUUACUAGUCAACCGUCUUUGGUGUGAAGUUUCCGUUAGAAUUUUGUGGAGAAAUAUUUGGGAAUUUUGGGAUUAUGUGUCCCAUUCUACAAAUCAACGAUCACGCCAAAUUAUUAAAACUUUGGUUGCUUGUCUUCCUAAUGAGUCAAGGACCUUGUUACAUGAGAAUGGAAUUUUUCUCGAGACUCCAACAUUAAACCCUCCAUUAUUUAAUUACAUAUCAUUUUGUAAAGUCUUAUCAAUUCGUGCAAUUAAUUAUAUAGUUAUAUAUAGUCUUAAAUUUAAUCUUAAAUUCACACAAAAAAUUUUAAUCAUGCAAGAAAUAUUAAAAAUGAUUAUGAGAAUGUCUUCCUUGAAAAUUUUGGAAUAUAAAGUCCAUGCCAAUAUCAGAGUUAAUUUAGCACAUCUUCCUGGAGUGAUUGAUUGUUUGAAAAAUCUUUCGGUUUUGAAAAUUUAUUCGAACGUUGAUUAUGAAAUUUUUAAUUUGUUAUCUCAAAAUUGUCGGAAUAUAACAUCACUUUCAAUACAAUUUCAAAAUUACGUUUCGAAAGGAUCGAUAGAUUUAAUCUCUUCACAAAAUAAAUUGAAACAUUUAUCAUUAAUAAGCAUUCAUUUUAUUUAUGGUUCGUAUUCUUUCAUAACUCCGUUAACAAAACAUUCAAACACUUUAAUCAAAUUAGAAAUUCAUGGAAUUAUGAAUAUGGAAAAUUUACAUUCUGUUACCUUUCAACAAUUGAAAAUCUUGAGACUAUAUCAAUGUCAUAAGCAUGAAUAUUUGGACAGAUUUCUAGAAAAUAAUGGGAAGAGUUUAAGGGAACUUUGUACUGAUGAUGACUCUAUAAAUUUAUCCAUAGCAAAAUUUUGUCCAAACCUUUCAUCACUACAUACUGCAAAGUUUGAUGAUACAAAAGAAUUAAAACUUAUUUUGAAUAGUUGCAAGCAAUUAGAAAGCAUUCAAGUGUUUUAUCAUGAUGAAAAAGAAAGCUUGGAGGUUUUGGCAAAGUAUGCCCCGAAAAAUUUUUAUAAAUUAAGGUUAUUGCAAAAAAAUAAUUUAUUGACUUUUAAAGAUCUGGAGGAUUUUUUUAUGAAUUGGGAACAUCGUACGCAACGAAAAUCUCUCUCUUUAACGAUCAUGGGACGUAGUGCGAAUAAUUUAGAAAUCAUGAAUGUUGUUGAAAAAUAUAUCAAGCUGGGGGUUGUUAGGAAAUUCGAGAUUUUAUAA